AUGGGCACUGUGAUGCAUUGCUAUGCAGGCUCAUACAAACCCCAACUCCAACUGAGCCUGAGAUUUUCCAGUUUUGGCGUCAUAUGUUCAUCUGAAGUUAGUGUAUCAAGGCAACAAGUUUUGAAGCAAGUGGAUAAGGAGUUGGAUAAGGGAGAUGAGCGAGCAGCGCUCUCACUUGUUAAAGAUGUGCAAGGCAAGCCUGGUGGCCUCAGGUGCUUUGGUGCUGCUAGGCAGGUACCCCAAAGGCUCUACAGCUUGGAUGAGCUAAAGCUGAACGGGAUAGAAGCGUCGUCUCUUCUGUCCCCAGUAGAUACUACUCUGGGUUCCAUAGAAAGAAACCUUCAGCUUGCUGCUGUGCUAGGAGGUGUUUCUGCAUGGAAUGUGUUUGGGUUUAGUGCACAGCAGAUUUUCUAUAUUUCUUUAGGAUUGUUGUUUCUGUGGACUCUCGACGCGGUAUCUUUCAAUGGAGGAGUUAGUAGCUUGGUUAUUGAUACAAUUGGUCACACCUUUAGUCAGAAGUACCACAACAGGGUCAUUCAACAUGAAGCUGGCCAUUUCUUAAUUGCAUACUUGGUUGGCAUCCUUCCUAAGGGGUAUACACUAUCCAGUUUGGAAGCUUUGAAGAAGGAAGGAUCGCUCAAUGUUCAAGCAGGGACUGCUUUUGUGGAUUUUGAAUUUGUUGAAGAGGUCAAUGCAGGGAAAGUAUCAGCUACCACGCUGAACAGAUUUGCAUGCGUAGCGCUAGCCGGCGUAGCUGCUGAGUAUAUUUUAUACGGCUAUGCUGAGGGUGGUCUUGCAGAUAUUAACCAGCUGGAUUCGUUGUACAGAAGCUUAGGCUUCACACAGAAGAAAACAGAUUCUCAAGUCAGAUGGUCUGUCUUAAACACUGUCCUAAUCUUGCGCCGUCACGAAGUAGUGCGAGCUAAGCUUGCAGAGGCCAUGUCAGAAGGAAAAUCUGUAGGAUCUUGCAUUGAUGUCAUAGAGGACACCAUUGGCAAUGCAGACAUCUAA